GCGUGCAACUAGAGUCUCUCUCUUUAUCACAGCGUCAACAUAAUUUGAAAGAAACGAACGAAAGAGCUCUUUAGUUAAGAGCGGGGUUAGUUAGGUUUUGGCUUUAUACUAUAAAAAGAAGCAAGCAAUAUACUGGCUGUAACAGUUUUGAUUGUUUAAUUCGAUUAUCUCAGUACAAAUACAGCGUAAAAAUAUUUCCGAACUCCUGAGGAUAAAAUAUCGUUGAUUUUCUCUUACGGUUGUGGUAUUUUUCUCGAUUGAUUUUUUAGUUGCGUAGAAUUUAUUAAAAGAUAGUAGAGCCGUACCAACUUAAUUAAAAUCUUUAGAGUGCUCAAGGCGUAACAAUCAAUUUUCCUUGUGAAAUAUUUAAAGAUUAUUAAUAUAGAAAAACUUAUGAACUAUGAAAAGAAAAUUACCAAUUAUUUUACGAAAUAUUUCUAUCGAUAUGAUAAAUAUUUAAGUAAAAAGAAAAACAUUUUGUCAUUUGUGACAACUGCAAUCAUUUAUUAGUAUUUGCAUUAACUUUCCUUUUUUGAUACCGUGUUUUUACUUUAUUGCAAUGGCGAAAGAGGGCGGUGUCAUAAAAUAUGAUCCAAAUACAGAAGCAUUUCAAAUGCGAGCUCAAUGGAAAAAGGUGGAUAUAUGUCGUAAGCAGUGGUUUGAUCAGUGGAGUUGGUUGCUAGAUGAACGCAAACAAACAUUACAGGAGUCGGAAGCCAUUCGCCAGGAGGUUUCUGAUGCUUUACCACGUGCGGUAACCAAAGCUGAAACUACAAAGUCAUUAAAACCGGUACCAAUCACAUCAACUGGUGUUAUCGGCUGGCUGGCUGCCAAACCGGAUUGUCAAUUAGAAAUUUAUACAUCCUGGCUUACUAAGAUCCCAGUACGGUUACCCGACACAUGGGACGACAAGAAUUACCUGGGGUAACCUGUAGGUAUAAAUAUCAUUCGUAAAAUGUAACAAAUAAAUUUAAAUAAUUUGGAUCAAUUCUUUUGCUCUUAAAUCAAUUUUACAAAAAUAUAUAAGAUAAAUCCACAA